ACCGCUCUAAAACAGACAUGCCCAGUGGUCAUUGAUCUUGUAUUACAAUUCUGCACAUUUGUUUAUUUUCCCAACAGAAUCAUUGUAGAUAUGUGUAUGGUUUAAAGUUAUUACAUUCUGAACAAGUAAUUAAGCCUUGAGUUUUCGGGUGAAACACGUAUCUCAGUUUUUGGGAAUAGUCUUCUGUAGAAGUUCUAAACCGUUAUUAAACAUUAUGGCACACUAUAAAGGAGCAGCCAGUGAAGCUGGCCGUGCAAUGCAGUUAAUGAAGAAGAGAGAAAUUGCUCAGCAAGAAAUAGAAUUAAGAAAAAAGAAAAUAGAAGAUGAUCUGAAAAUACAUAACAUAGAAAAUAAAUUUGCAACUCAUUACAAUGCUGUUGAACAACAGUUGAAGACUUCCACUAUUGGAUUAGUCACUUUAAAUGAAAUGAAAGCAAAGCAGGAAAAUAUAGUAAAAGAACGCGAGAGGAAACUUGCACAAAAGGAACGUGAAAAGGAACAAGAAAAGGAACGGGCUCUUGCAGCUAAGCAAGCUGAAAAAAAUAAGCAGAAAAAACAAAUACAAGCUUUAUCAUUUAAUUUAGAUGAAGAUGAAGUAGAACUUUCUGAUGAGGAAACAGAACCAAAAAUAGAGAAAUCAAAAGAUGAUGAUGAUGAUAUUGGGCCUCUAGUCAAAAAAAUAAAGAAGAAUCCAGAUGUGGAUACAAGCUUUUUACCUGAUAGAGAAAGAGAGGAAGAAGAAAACAGAUUAAGAGAAGAACUGAGACAAGAAUGGGCUAGAAAACAAAAUGCACUAAAAGAAGAAGAAAUUGAAAUUACUUUCAGUUAUUGGGAUGGUUCUGGACACAGAAGGAGUGUUAUCAUGAAAAAAGGUAAUUCCAUCUAUCAGCUCCUUCAAAGAUGCUUGGAAGUUUUACGACGCGAAUUUAGUGAACUUAAAACAGUGAUGGCUGAUCAGUUGAUGUAUGUUAAAGAAGAUCUAAUACUACCGCAUCAUUAUACAUUUUAUGAUUUUAUUGUAACAAAGGCAAGAGGAAAAAGUGGACCUCUCUUCACAUUUGAUGUUCAUGACGACAUUCGUGUGAUGCAUGACGCUUCUGUGGAAACAGAAGAAUCUCACGCUGGAAAAGUGUUACUUAGGUCUUGGUAUGAAAGAAAUAAACAUAUAUUUCCUGCUAGUAGAUGGGAACCUUUUGAUCCAACAAAAAGUUACGAUAAAUAUACGGUAUCAGAUAAAAAUAGGAAAAAGGAUAAAAUUUAAUGGAAAAGAAAUUAUAUAGGAAGUAAUUGUACAAAGAAAUUAAUAAUUCAUAUUGCGUUCAGUAAAGAAAAAUUUAUCGUUUUAGGAUAAUUUCAA